UCUAUUCUUUACAAUUGCAGGGCACCGUGACCAUGCACUCUUGAACUGUGAAACUGAAAGCUAUGGGGGUGUUCAACCAAGCAGAGCUGGGUCCAUACCCAGCUGCCUUGGAAAAGGGUCAACUUCUGGGUGAGCGGAAAUGCAGUCGGUCACCGGAUUGCGAGGGAUCCCCAGCUCAGAGCAGUACUGAAGUGGAUUCCCUUUCUUCGGAAAAUGACUCCCAAGCAGGGAGCCAGUCCAGCGGCUGCGUAGAGGAUGAUGAAGCCAGUAGUACAGAGAGUGCCCAAAAUGGGUAUGAAGGUCCCUGUAAUGGAAGUACUGGUUGUCAUCCGCAAGGAGAGCAGCAUGUGGCUCUGAGCAAAAUCUCAGUUCUUGAAAACCAGAUCAAGGAGCUGCAUCAUCAGAAGAAAGAACUGAACAUAGAGAUGGACCUGGAAGGUGCCUUGUUGGAAGGGGAACUGAAGGAAGAGAGGCAGGAGCUAAGGCGGGAGGAGGCGCAGCUGCUGGAACUUCAAGGGCGUCUCGUUGAGACCGAGCUUAGGUGCCAUGACGAACGGGAGAAGGAGAAGGCACGUCUGCAACAAGAACGUCACAGGGUAGAGGAGCUGCAGAGGCAGCAUGCUGAGUCGCAGAUCCACCUAAACAGCCAGCCGGAGUCAAUGAGAGAGCGGAUGCAGAGCCAGCUGCAGGAGACAACUGAGAUGCUCGAAGGAGCCCUGAGAUGUUACGAAGAUCUGGAAUUCCAACAACUAGAACGCGAAAGCCGUCUAGAAGAGGAAAAAGAAGCAACUUGCCAAGCUCUGACCGAAAAGAUCACCCAGUUGCAGAACAGCAUCAAUCAAAGGAAGAAUUUUAGUUCACCAAGUUUCUCUCCACCCAUUCAGAAGACUGUGCAGAAGCUGGAAGGCCAAGCCCUUUUAACACAAGAACAAAUGAUGGGUGUGUGCCAGAGAUUUGCACAAGAGGAGGGAGAGGCUGUCAGGAAUCUCAAUGCGGAGAAAAGUCGCUUAAUGGAUAUGAGCCAGGAGUAUUCAGAGGGGAACAGGGAGGACUUGCCAAAAAAUAAGGAGAGUGUGACACAGCUGACUUUUACCCAAAAAACGGAUCGGAAGGUCAUUGUCUUGGGCUCCGACCAGUCUGACUCAUCCUCCUGUGUCUUCUCCGUCUGCAGUUCUGUCAAGGGUUCAUUUGGACUGCAGCGGACCGCCAGUCUGCCACGCAGGAGCAGGGAUCGUCUUCCGUCCCGCUCUCCUCAGCGUCCCAUUUCAAUGCAUGGUGCUCUGGAUCCCAGUGUUCUGGUGGCUCAACUCUCCAGUGGGAGCAAUGGUCAUUAUCUGGGAAGUCCAAACCUCCAAUUCUCACGUUUCAACAAACCCCUUUACCAGCUGCUGGGUGGCCAGGUGACUACCAAACAGCUGGGAGGAGCCUCUCAUGGAGCGUACAGCCUUGGAAACUCUGUCACCAAAUUAGCAGAGAUGGAACGCAGGGUGCGGGAGGCCAUGGCUGAAAGAGAGCGAUUGCUGCAGGAAAGGGAAGCCAGGAAAGUAGCUGAGGAGGUGAGACGCAUGGAAUUAUCCCCUUCGAACAUGAUCCACAACCUUGUGGAGAUCCAGGAACCCAAACCAGCUGCCUUUGACCUGCGCAAACACCUAGAGGCAUCAGGACAUAGUGUCGACACCUGCCAGCAAGUGAGGGUGACCAGCAAAUCUUGCAAGGGUUACCUAGUGAAGAUGGGUGGGAGAAUCAAGACUUGGAAGAAGCGUUGGUUCACCUUUGAUCGCCAGAAGCGCGUCUUGGCAUAUUAUGCAGACAAAGAAGAGACCAAGCUUAAGGGUGUGAUUUAUUUCCAGGCCAUUGAAGAGGUUUACUACGAUCAUCUGCGCAGCGCUUUCAAGAGUCCCAAUCCCAAGCUGACCUUCUGUGUCAAAACCUACGAUCGUCUCUUCUGCAUGGUGGCACCCAGUGCAGAGGCUCUGAGGAUCUGGAUGGAUGCAAUUGUCACAGCAGCUGAGGAGAAUACUCGCUAUUGAUGAGCUCUUCCACAUGAACCUGACUCUUAGCUCUUCACUUUGGGAAUAGCAUUUCUCCCCAAGGGCUCACUGGUGUAAAUGAUAUCUCCUUCUAAGGGAAAAGCUGGUCAACAAAGGACCCAGGGGCAGAGAUUGGGUGCUUUCGUAUGUGUUGGAGUCUAACUACCAUAGAGGGCCAGUUCAGUACACAGAGUUGUUGGCUGCAGCUGCUGAUACUUGAAGAUUGACAGUUUGGAUGUUUUAGGUAAAGGUAAAGGUUUCCCUUGACAUUAAGUCCAGUCGUGUCCAACUCUAGGGGGCGGUGCUCAUCUCCGUUUCAAAGCCGAAGAGCCGGCGUUUGUCCGUAGACCCUUCCGUGGUCAUGUGGCCGGCAUGACUACACGGAACGCCGUUACCUGCCCGCUGAAGCGGUACCUAUUAAACUACUCACAUUUGCAUGUUUUCGAACUGCUAGGUUGGCAGGAGCUGGGACUAGCAACAGGAGCUCACCCCGUCACGCGGAUUCGAACUGCUGACUUUCCGACCUUCCGAUCGGCAAGUUCAGCAGCUCAGCGGUUUAACCCGCAGCGCCACUGCGUCCCUAUGUUUUACAUGGUGUUAAAUGGACCAAUUUAGGAGCAGAUUCCGAUCAUACUGUCUGCUGGAGAAGACUACAAAUGGCAUCUUGGAAGGUGGGCUGUUGGCAUGGAUUCCAGCUAAUUUUACAAAACACAAUAAUCUAUUCUAAGAAUUAAAACCAACUUCUCUGGAAGAUGCCCUUAACAAAGAAAGCAUGUUAUCUAGAAAUCAGAGGGGAUUUUGCAAUGACAUAAGUCAUGUGGCUUACGGAAGACGUUCUUGAGAUGCGUGCAGGAAACUGAUCCAAACUGCCACUUUCCUUGAUCAGAAGGGAGAACUUUCUCGCCAUAAUGUAUAGGUCUCAUUAUAUUUAUUAUGUGUUUUGGGUCUUUUCUUAAAAAACCUGGGAACACUGUUUAAAGGGGAGCCAUGUACAAAACCAUGUAUGGAAUAUUUAUUGUAUAAAUCCUUUAAGUGAAAACA